AUUGGAUCCGUGCGGUUUUUUCCGCUACUUUCUGGUGAAGCGCUGGUGGGAGGAGAAUUUCCAGCAAGUAGGGAUAUCAGAAAUAAACCCCGUCCUGUCUGAGGGAAGAGCAGGACAUAUAAAUACCCCUGAUGUGUCCAGACUGCAGUGGAACUGCUUAGAGGAACGCAGACAGUUGAGAAACAGGCCGGACGCACCGCUUCCUAAACAUUACGCUUCAUUUCUCCCCUGCUGCAGCCAGAAGAUGCGCAUCUAUGCCUGCUUCGCCUCCUGGUUCCUCUGCUGGUUCAGCGGAGCGCUCGCCUCCCGCUUUGAAUCGGAGGAUGUUGUACCUGUUAGGAUGAACGGCCGAAUCAGAGGGCGCUUCUGGAAAAGGAGCGAGGAGAACCCGGUGUUUACGCUCAGAGCUUUCGGCAGGAACCUGACUCUCAACCUCAUCCCGGACUCCAGCUUUCUAUCGCCGUCCUUCACCAUCCAGCGCAUUAGAGCCGCGGAUGGAGGCGCUUUGCGCAGCGGCUCAGGUGCCCGAGCCGACCUGCGCUCCGGCCCCUGGGGCCCCAUGAACCGGACAGAGGAGAGCGGAGGACGGCUGCAAAGCUGCUUUUACUCCGGUAACGUGGGUGAGGACCAGAACUCGCUCGUAGCGGUUAGUCUGUGUUCGGGCAUCUUUGGCUCCUUCAUCACGGAGGGGAAGGAGUAUCUGAUCGAGCCCAAAGUGCGCAGCGCCCGGGGGCCGGACUCUGCCGAGCGGCUGCAUGUGAUCAGGAGGAGGACAGCCGCCGACAGCCCCGCGCUCCCCCUCUUGUUUGAUGGCUCUGCGGAGGCGCGCGGAGCGGAAAGUUUUACGCGCGGCAGCGGUGACGCACGGAGGGAAGCUCGACGCAGACGCUUCGUUUCAGAGCCACGGUUCAUAGAAACCCUGGCUGUGGCAGACUCAACCAUGACCCACUUCUAUGGAGAUGAGAUAAAGUACUACAUCCUCACCCUCAUGUCCAUGGCGGCUCAGAUCUACAAGCACCCCAGCAUUAAGAACUCUGUGAACAUAGUGGUGGUGAAGAUGCUGGUGGUGGAGGAUGAGGAGAUUGGACCCAAGAUCUCCAGCAAUGGAGGCGUGGCUCUAAGAAACUUCUGCUCCUGGCAGCAGAUCUUCAACCCACCAAGCCAGAGGCAUCCAGAGCACUAUGACACGGCCAUGCUGUUCACUAGAGAGGACAUCUGUGGACAAAAGAGCUGCGACACUCUGGGUGUGGCAGAUGUCGGGACGAUGUGUGAUCCCAAGAGGAGCUGCUCGGUUAUCGAGGACAACGGCCUGCAAGCUGCCUUCACUGCUGCACAUGAGCUCGGCCAUGUGCUGAGCAUGCCGCACGACGACUCCAAGACGUGCGAGAAGCUGUUUGGGGACCUGGGAGGGCAUUUCCUGAUGGCCCCUCUGUUUGUCAGCCUCAACAUAUCAGCACCUUGGUCUCCCUGCAGCGCCCUCUACAUCACCGAGUUCUUUGACAACGGCCACGGUGAGCGACGCUCUGUUUCAGGCCCACAGACGGUUGUGGAUGGCAGCUGGAGCUCGUGGGGACCGUGGCAGCAGUGCUCCAGGACAUGCGGAGGUGGGGUGGAGUUCUCCUACAGAGAGUGUGCUGACCCUGUGCCUCAGAAUGGAGGGAAAUACUGUGAGGGACAGAGAGUUCGGUACCAGUCCUGCAACACAGACCCGUGUGACACCAGUGAAGGUAAAAGCUUCAGAGAAGAGCAGUGUGAGAAGUACAAUAGUCCCAAUUACCUGGACUACAGUGGGAAGAUGAAACAAUGGAUCCCAAAGUACGCUGGAGUUUCCCCCAGAGACCGCUGUAAGCUGUUCUGCAGAGCAAGGGGCAGCAGUGAAUUUAAGGUGUUUGAAUCAAAGGUGAUUGACGGGACAACCUGCGGCCCCGACACCACAUCAGUGUGCGUUCAGGGCCAGUGUGUGAAAGCAGGCUGCGACCAGGUGAUCGGAUCUAACAAGAGGGUGGAUAAGUGUGGAGAGUGUGGAGGAAAUGGGCUCAACUGCAGAAAGAUAACAGGCUCCUACAACAAAGCAAUCUAUGGCUACAGUGACAUUGUCACGAUUCCUGUUGGUGCUACCAACAUUGACAUCAAGCAGAGGAGCCAUCGAGGAAUCAAGCAUGACGGGAACUACCUCGCUGUGAAAAGAGAAAACGGCGCUUAUAUCCUCAACGGUAACUUCUCUGUAUCCACAGUGGAACAGGACAUUCCCGUACUUGGAGCAGUGUUGAAGUACAGCGGCUCCUCCACUACAUUAGAAAGGAUCCAGAGCUUCAGGCAGCUGAAGGAAGCCAUAACCAUCCAGGUCCUGGCCACAGGUGGGGAUGCCAAUCCUCCUAAGAUCAAAUAUACCUUUUUCAUCCCCAAGGACGUGAUCUUUAACAAAUCUAAAGAAAAGAAGGGCUCCUACUUGUCUUUGCAUAUGAUCAGUGAUGCUCCUGACUGGGUGCUUGGAGAGUGGUCCGAGUGCUCCAAGAGCUGCGGCUCCGGGUGGUCCAGAAGGACCGUUGAAUGCAAAGACAGUGACGGCUUCUUCUCCAGCCAGUGUGACAAAGAGCUGAAGCCCACAGACAUCAGGCCUUGCGGGGAUCUACCGUGCCCCAUUUGGCAGAUGGGUCCUUGGUCUGCCUGCUCACGAACUUGUGGCCAUGGAGAGCGCCGCCGCAGUGUGUUCUGCAUCGACUACACUGGGAAGACUGUAGAAGCAGGGAAGUGUGAUCCAAAUAAAUCCCCGGAGCCAGUCUCGGGCGAAUGUAACAACUUUGACUGCUUAUGAAGAACAUGAUUUCAGUCAACUGUCCUUUUUUUGGUCGAAGUGCACAUACAAGCCCAGGAGGAAACAGUGAAUGGGAGCACCAGGAGCAGACAUUUAGGCACAAACAGCUACAGAUGCAAUCUUAACCAACAAGAAAUGCAAAUUUAACUUCUAGAGAAAAGUCUUCAGCUUUCACCUAAAAAUGCAAAGCAACUACCAUCUAAAUGCACCUUAGGUUCGUUUUAUUUCCUAGGAUCUAUAAGCUCUGGUGAACCUGCACUGUGGGUGAGGUACCUGUAACUGAAGGGGGGGCUGGAUGGACGUGUGAACCUCUCUAUCCCUGGAGCCAUCUUAUAUUCUGUCCAUGAUAGCAGAUAGUUGCAUCCGGUGACAUCAACGACUUUAUCUAUACAGAAGUUGUCUUUUGUUGACAUUUGACAACCACUAUAAAAGUUCUAAACAAUGAAAAUCUACCUCAGGAUGUACAUGUGACGAAGAGAUGUUUAAUUGCUAGUUGCUGUGUGGUUUCCCUUUAGUAAUAUUUAAAAAUAAAAGAUGAAAAUGUUUGGUACCAUUUGUCCUUAAACACAGAAGCUUUGCCCCCAGCUGUCCUUCUCUUUUUUGAGAGCUUUGGCGUCAUUUGCCUCCUUAGUGAGUAGGUACGAGGAAUUGAGGCAUGAUGUUUUUAAUUCUACGGAAGAUGUUUGGAUUUUUUAUUUUUUUUUCAUGCUGAUGGGAUGUAUUUAAAACAGCUCUUUUUCCCAAUUGGUUUAGGGUUAGCUUAGCCAUAGAACGAUGCAUUAGCAUUUAAU